AUGCUGCGCCCUCCAUGCUGCGCCCUCCAUGCUGCGCCCUCCACUGCGCAGCAGACCCAGGAAGAUCAGGACAAGGACUUGCACUUCCAUGAGUCUCCAGAAGUACGAGUAGAAAUCGAUCUCAGGACACCGAGCGAACAACAGCAAGAUCGGCUACCAGGAGAUGAUGAGGAACCUAUGGCCGUUCCGUCUCCAUCCCCGUUGCAGCGUGGGAAAUCCGGCAUCUUGUCAACCCCAGAAAAAGAAGGUCGCUUUCCUGAGACCCAGAAGGUUUCGAGUCCAGUUGUUCCCAAGCGUUUGGAGGAACACUUUGAGGAAAACAAGGUUUCAAAGACUUUGCCACCUUUUCCUGUGGCCCUGCCUAAGCCUGCACCACAGCAGGACCGGAUGAAGGCUGGCCACUCAGAAAGCGCAGAGUGGGAGACUGAAGAAACCACUCUUGACAUGAGCUUCGACAUGGACCUACCACUGGAAGUUGGCGGUGCCGAUGUUGUCCCUGGCGACGAAGAUGGUGGUUUGCCACCUUCGGCACAGGAGACAAUGAAGUUGUUGAAGCGGCUGGGGUACCCGGAAGUCCAGGACACCACCAAACCCUCAGCCCUGCUUACGAAAGUCAGCACAGCCUUGACGAAGCGCAUGGGGAAGUUGGAAGAAGUGAAAAAACUCUUUGCGGCGGGAGGUGACUCAGCCCUUGUCCGCAAGAUGUGCGACAAGCUGGAGGAAGUGUAUGCCAAGCUGGAUUCGCAGAGUGAGGCUCUUUCGGCUGAAGCCAACGCUGGCAUUCUGGAAGGCUUCACCCAAGAGAAGGAGACCGCCUUGAAAGAUAUGGUGGACAGUGCCCGAAGCGCGCUAGGCCCUCAUAUGUCCACUGCACUGCUUACAGGUAAAAAGCUUUGCCCUCAGUUGCUUUUGAGGUUGCUGGAAGCUUUCAAUUUGGAGUCAAGAGCCAGGAGCAUCGCGCCCAAAGCGGUGAGCGCCAAGCGCCCGCCGCCUUCGAAGAGUUCCAAGGCGAAGGCAGCCCCGAAAGUGCCAGUUCCCAAGCCUGCUGAGGACACGCCCAGCAAGACACCAAAGAGAGCAUCAGCAGGUGGCAGCGUCUUUUGUGAGCCAGUCUUUCGUUAUCCAUCUUUGCCAGGUGAGGAAACUUCUCGACAAAAAAUGUUAGAAGUCUUGGCGGAUGAGAUUGGUGACGGUGUCUGGCGCUUGGCCCUGGUUGCCCCAGCUUGCCGAGUUGGAACUAUGGCCAGAGCAGCAGUGGCCGACGGUGCGCCCAACGUAGGCAGCCUGUAUGCAGCCACCAAAGUGCAUCCAAGUCAUGGAGAGCGAGAUGCUCAUCGACUUCUCAACAAGUACUGGCUAUCUUUAAGGGUACCCAUCAGUGAACUGACCAUACCAUUGGAUGAUGGCCAAACGGUGUCCAUCCCACACUACAAGGUUACUGACAUGGCUGGACAUCUGUUGACGAAGCAUCCAGAAAUUUUGUUGGGUGGGGAUACGCUUGAAUCUGGCGAAUCCCGGUGCAAGUCGUUUUGGGAGAAGUUCCGCGACCACCAACCAGACCACAAAGUGUUUCAACAGUUUGUUGACUUCCGUCGGGUGGUGCCAAUUUGCAUCCAUGGUGACAAAGGCCGUACUCUCAAAAAAUCCCCCAUAGCAUGCUACUCAUGGGAGUCUGUGUGGGGCCUACCUGCUGGGCUUAGGGACACGGCAACAGAACCUGUCCUCAACCGGCGAAACCAGCAGAAAUAUGACACAGGCCACUUGGGGGUCACGUGCUUAGAGCGGUCAACAUCGUCGAAUGGUGGAGGAACGUAUGACGAUGCUGACGAUGCCUGCACCAUCAAGCGGCGGCGCCUGGGCCAGUGCGGACACUCUUUCUUGAACCGGUACCUCUUCACCUGCGUUCCAUAUGCUGUCUACAGCUUGGACAGUUACACCGUACUUAGAACAGUCCUCAAGGAGUUGGGGUCGCAACUGAAGAGUUUGUUUUUGGACGGUGUGGAAGUGAAUUCUACCACGUACCACUUUGCCCUCAUAGGUGUGAAGGGGGAUGCAGAAUUCCAUGUGGAAGCUGGAGAAUUUUGCCGUUCAUACAUGACGGUUGGAACAGCCAACAAUUUACAAAUGUGCCAUGAAUGUGAAGCUGACGACAACUUUGGCGAUGUCUCUGACAACCCCAGCUGGUUGAACACAGUUGCUUAA